AUGGCAAAGAAGACAGGAGAAAACUCAAAGAAGGCUCAAGGUCAAACCAGAAAGGCCGAACAAGCAGCCAACAAGAAGCAAGCAGCUCUUGAUGCAUUUGAAGCUGAAGAAGCCGGCAAAUGGGAGCAAGGUGGUAAGAAAGGAAAUAAAAAGAAGGAAGAAGAAGAAUUCAAAAAGCAAGAAGCGGCACGUAAGAAGGCUGAGCGUGAUGCAUUAUUACAAGCCGAAGAAGCAAGUUUGCCUUCUAAACCAAUUAAAUCAAAACAAAGAGGUGCCGAAAAAGUGGCAUCCAAAAGAGCAGGGAAGAUUGAUGAUUUCCUUGAUUUUAAUAGUGACAAGCCAGAAUUAAGUGCUAGUGGAAUUGAAGGUGCUUUGGAUGCAUUAGCAUUGACUUCAACAGCAGGAGGUGUUAAAGAUAAAGAUAUUGAAAGACAUCCUGAAAGAAGAGUUAAAGCUGCUUACGCUGACUAUGAAGAUAAGAGAUUACCUGAAUUGAGAAAGGAACAUCCUGGAUUAAGAUUGCAACAGAUUAAGCAUUUAAUAUUUAGAGAAUUCCAAAAGUCCCCGGAAAAUCCUAUGAAUCAAGUUACAAAUAUUCAUUUUAAUGCUACUAGAGAUGAAAUUGAAUCCAAGAAGAAAGAAGUUAGGCAAUCGAGAGAAAAGAAGUUUACAUGA